CCGCGAGAUGAUACCAAUCACACAUCUUUCUUUCUGCCACGAUGCUUAGCGGCGCCUGCUUCUAGUUCGUAAAGGUUAUCGAGGUAGCAACGCCUCGUGAUUAAGUUGGCCUCAUAAGGGGCACGGCGGGAAAAAAGCAGGUGGAUGUAUAUUCGAUUGAUGCAAUGGCAUGCUGUUACAGAUCUAAAUCCCAUAUAGGCGGUAAAAAUUCAGGAGGAAAAUCGCAACGGGAGCGACUCGCCCUGUUCCUAUAAUACGAACUAUACUCAUCACUGGGAAUGCAUCAUCGGCCUUCGUGCACUUAAAGCAACAGUGAAAGACAAAUUGCAUAAUGUGCCGUGCCAUUUACUGGGACACUCGUAAUAUAUAUAUGGUAGGAACAAUGACUGUGCUGGCGCAGAUGAAGUUUGGAUGUUCGGAUGGGAGUAUGGGGUACCAUUCGAGGUUAACAUUCACCGGCGGAGGGAUGUUCAAUGAUCACUGGAUCCACGCCAAAUUGCCAAAAGACCUUGCUUCGCAGUCUGCUGGCGUUGCAGAUAUGAUGUGGUCGAAUGCAGCACAACCACGCAAGAAGAAUUUCAGGAAACCUUCAAAGCUUGAAAAUUCGUUUGGCAUGAGGUUAGUAAGGGGAUUCCGGUGGAUACGUUCUUCCCUUCAGAUUUAUUUGACCACAUAUCACAUCCUCACACACAGUGCGCUUCUCUUCUGCAAUUGUCGUCGUUGUCAUUGGUGUUUUGGCAUCAUCAAUCUCUGCCAUGCCGCCGCCCACGCCCACCGGUGCACUGGCAGCCACCGCUACAUGUCCUUGGGGUGCGCGUUUGACUCAGAUUGCCAGGGAUGCGGCGUUGACUAUUAUUGCGUGAGUAUCAGUAAAUUUCCUGGAUUUGAUACACGACUCACCUGCAUGGCAGGACUGGUUUCUCUGCAGAUAUGAUUGGAAGUAGAAAUAGAAUGUGCGUCCAGGAAUGUCGGUGGAUCAAAGUAGAAGUUGUUGGUGGAGUCGGGCUCACAAAUUGCAAUAAGGAGUUUCUGCUUUAUAAGAGAUUUAUCAAGAAUUUUAUUAACUUAUACGGGCCGUCGAUUUUACACCUAACUAAAUCUACAAUUGGA